AUGACGACAGCAACGCCACGCAUGACAAUUGAUGAUGCUGAAGCAUAUGCCGUAGAAGUAUUGAAAUUUCAGAAAACAAAUCUUCUCGCUCACGGUGUAGCUGUUUAUCGCAAUUCCAAGAGACCAAAUGCAACUGAAUAUAUUACAUAUGAUGUGGACGGACAUGUAGGUGGUGUCUGGAAAGCAGGAGACAAAAAAUGGGCUGAAGGUGGAUGUAAACAGAAGCCCGCUCGAAGCGGAACAUACGAUAAGGAUUUGAACAAAAUUGCAGAUUAA